UACUCAUUAAUUCAUUAAUACGUUAUCUGAGGUAAUAAGUGACUGAGUGAGGAGGAGGAGGAUGAGUGAGGAGUGGGUGAGUGAGAGGAAGAGGAGGAGAGAGACAGUGCUGAGUGUCCUGGGAUUAGUGCUGCUGUUAUACGCCUCUGUGCAGCUGGUCUUCUACAUCGCUACACACACUCCUGAACACCACCACAGAGUGAGACGGGCACUGGAGAAUGAGAGUCAGUGUGUUGCUCCUCAGUCCUCCGAAUUUCCAGAGGGAUUUUUUACAGAACAGGAACGUAAAGACGGAGGGAUUGUUAUUCAUUUCAUCAUUAUUUUUUACAUGCUGCUCGCCAUCUCUGUAGUUUGUGAUGAAUAUUUUUUACCAUCACUCGAAGUCAUCAGCGACCGUCUCGGUCUCUCUCAGGACGUUGCUGGUGCCACUUUCAUGGCUGCUGGAAGCUCAGCCCCCGAACUCGUCACCGCUUUUCUGGGUGUGUUUGUGACAAAGGGAGAUAUCGGUGUGAGCACUAUCGUGGGCUCCGCAGUUUAUAACCUGCUGGGAAUCUGCGCUGCAUGUGGCCUCUUAAGCUCAGUGGUUAGUCGUCUGAGUUGUUGGCCGUUGUUCAGGGACUGUAUCGCCUACGCCAUCAGUGUCACCGCUGUGAUCGCCAUUAUCUCUGACAACCAGGUGUACUGGUAUGACGCAGCGUGUUUGUUACUGGUGUACGGUGUGUACAUCGUGGUGUUGUGUUUCGACGUGAGGAUCAGUGAGUAUGUGUUGCGGCGUUUCAGUCCGUGCUGUGUGUGUUUGGGGAAGAGUGAGGAGGAGCUCUCAGAGAGAAGGCCUCUCAGUGGGUGGAGCCACAACCAAGACCAGGAUGAUGUCUCAGGUCUGCGAGUCUCCCGACGCUCACGUACAGACAGCGGCAUCUUCCACGAGGACUCAUCAUACUCACACCUGUCCCUCAGCCUGCACGGCCUCUCAGACACGUCCCAUGAGCCCCACAGUGUGUUCCGGAUGCCAGACAGUGAUGUGAAGCGUAUAUUUUGGGUGUUGUCGGUGCCUGUGAUGGUGCUGCUGUACAUUACGGUACCUGACUGCAGGAAACGGUUCUGGAGGAAGUUCUACAUGUUGACGUUCUUCAUGGCUGCCGUGUGGAUCGCCGCCUUCACCUAUGUCCUGGUCUGGAUGGUCACCAUCGUGGGAGAGACACUGGAGAUUCCUGACACAGUGAUGGGGCUUACACUGUUAGCAGCAGGAACCAGCAUCCCGGAUACGAUUGCCAGCGUGAUGGUGGCUCGAGAGGGUAAAGGAGACAUGGCCAUGUCCAACAUCGUGGGCUCUAACGUGUUUGACAUGCUGUGUCUGGGCCUGCCGUGGUUUAUAAAGACGGCGUUUGUGGAUCCAUCGUCUCCGGUGGUGGUGAACAGUAUGGGUCUGGUCUUCACCACCUCCUCUCUCCUUGUCUCCAUCCUUAUCCUCUUCAUCGCCACUCACAUCAAUGGCUGGAAGCUGGACAGGAAGCUCGGCACUGCCUGCUUAAUCAUCUACAUCCUUUUCGCCACUAUGUCCAUCCUCUACGAGCUCGGGAUCAUCGGAAACAAUCCGAUCCGUGCCUGCGGUGACUAACUGACUCAGAUCAGAAUUUAACACAGUACACUGGACCUGAAGAACUGCAGCAUGGAGAAUUCCUGAUCUCAGAUCAGCACAAAAUGGUUCAUUAAACA